AGUUGCUGUGUGAUGAGUUUAGCGUUCUUUGUAUGACUAGACCCUGAGUCAGACUGUUAUAUAGAGUAAUGACCUCCUGCAAUUUUCAACGGGUUGACAAGCUCGUUGUGAGUUUUUUCAUAGCUCAUGAUUGGCUCCUGUCAAAGAAAUAGCUGCCUGGUCCUCACGGACUCGUGUGUCCCACAAUAUGCCAUUUUACAAUGUGGACAUGUGCAGCUUAACAUCCCGUGUGGCUUCUAUAUGUACAAAUCUGUUUUUUCCUCUAAAUGUAGUGGGUGCGGCUUAUUCACCGGAAUUUUCGGUGUGUACAUAUAUAAAUCCGCAAAUACAGUAUGCGGGGUCGUGAAUGCUGACUCUCAAACAGGUGGGGAUCCACUGUAUUGUGGUUUUGGAUGCAGGUCCCCGUUUGUCCUAUUAAGCCAAGAGGGCAACGUGUUGCUAACAAAAUGUUGGAAUGAAGAAUUAUAAAAAAGUCACUCACACUCCAUGAAGGUAAUGUAUAAUUUGACUGAAUCCUCAAUGAAAUUUGUUUCUACUCACAUUAAGAAAGGCUUUCUGAUGAGAUCCCUAAAUAAGACAUUUGUACUUUAUAAGCGAGGGAUGCAACGAUCCACAUUUCUUCACGUCCGAUCCGAUCCCGAUACCUGAAUUUGGAUAUUUGCAGAUACCGAUACAAUACGAUUUCGGUACCAGAGGUCUGUUUGCUUUAUUAUGCAACCACAGCAAAAGAAUAAUGUAGCUCGAAGAAUAUCAGCAAACAUACGUAGCUGCACAGACACAAGCACUCAGCCAGACCCGUUCACGGCUUCACAGGCAGUCGGACAACACAGAACUCUUAACAGCCUACAUUCCGGGUAACUACUUUAUCAUUAUAUUGAUUUUCUAUGAGGCUGUCAUAAACUCCUCUCUACAGCCAAGUAUGAUAUUGUAGUGACCCGGAUGUUUUGUCUAGUGUUAAGAAUUUGUGAUGUCCCACUGUUCUGUGUGGCUGUGAACACAUCAGGGCGGGAACGCGCGCGUGCGCGCGUGUGUCUGUGUGUGUGUGUGUGUGUGUGUGUGCGCGCGAGACAGCUACGUUUGCUGAUACUCUUUUGGCUACCUUUGCUGAUAUUCUUCUAGCUGUGUUUGCUGACAAGAAAAAGCUGAGAACAUUACGGCACAGAUGUAGGCGGUAUCGUAAAUGUCCGAUACGUGUAUCCUGCUGGUAUUGGAACCCGAUAGCAAUACUGGAUCGUAUGGGCUCCAUGCCUGGUGUGAGACUCACAAAGGGGGAGUGAUAGUGGGAAGGUCUAUAGGUAGUACUGUGCUAAAAUUGAGAAAAUGGUAAAAGGCCUUUUUCUCUUCUACAUCACUUUUCUACCUUCAAGGUACUCAAAGUGCUUUCACAUCAUCUCCCCAUUCACCAAUCAACGUAACAUCUAACAUAUCCAUAUACUGUGUGACUGGAAACUACAUUCUUCCGGACGAUAUAAUUACAUUUACAUGGGGAAACACAGAAAAUAUUCCAAUUCCAAAGUCCCAUUUAUCAAACCUGUCACUUGUUACAUGUAUCUGCCUUCAUGCAAUAUGGGGCAGAUUUCAGUAAAGGAUUAACGUCUCAGAUUGCUUUCCCCGCCUGUUGUGGCAAGGCUGAGUGUUGUGUGCGAUGGAUUUUCCACUUUGGACUAUAAACUAAUAAACUGUGCUGCAUUGAACCCAUAAAUCGGAAUGAGACAUGCUAACAAACAACCACAAUGACUAUUUACUUCUCGCCAUGUGAGUGUUGGUCACAGUAAGGAGAUUAAUUUUAUUUAAGGGGAAACUGAGGGCAACUGUAACAAAAGCGGAGACUGUGGCGCAUUAUUUUGCAGUGUCCAGAACCAAGGCACCACAGUGUAAGACAAUGACACAGCAAUGCUGAAUCUGCCUGAACAAAGAGUGGCCAGCAGUAGCUUAUGUUUCCCUUUGUAUAGUAUUUGGUUCUAGAAAUUGCACCUUGCUGUACUUGGUAGUGCCUGCUUUUUGCCAGUGGAAACGUGUCUGCAGUAAGUAGGUACCUCACAACAUUAAACUAAGCACAAUUAGACAGUGUUUGGGUUGCACUUCUGGCUAAUCUAAUCUAACGUAAUAUAUUAUUUUACUUGCAGUUAACUGCAUUUAUGAGACAGCAGUAAUUGCUUAUACUUGCCCUGGAGAGGACUGCACCAUACACAAUACAGCAAUCAGUGAAUCUGAAUAAAUGAACUAUAUCUAAACAGUACAUAAUCAAAUGUCGUUGACAGACAUUUAUAGUUGGUGGUAGCCAUCUUGAAGAGAUAGUCAUGUGACACCCCCCCUCCCACACUGAGCUAUGGAAAUAAAAUCCCUGUUUCCAUCCUCACAGGCAAGUGAGACGCUCAGAGUGCCACGGCGGGUUCAGCUUCAGCCCAACCCCCCUCGUCUGCAGUGCUGACGCAUCUACUGCUUGUGCAUCAAUCAGCAGCCUCGUUGUGGGCAUACACUGUGCCAGUAUCAGAAGUGUUUUACCCUAAAAAUCACAUUCUGUUUUGCAUUCUCACGGUAAUUGUGAGUGAAAACAUCUAAAAUUGUUUCUUCUUUGCUUGCGUGCUACAAAUGAGGGACUACAGUUUCCGCCAUCUUCUUUUGGUUCUGCAUUACCUAACCAUUGCCUCUGUAAGCGCUAGCGAGGGGCUUGUGUGUAACAUAUUGCUGCACCGGGUGAGACUCUCCACAUGCAUGAUUUAACCGUGCGUGUUGUAUCUUUUCACAAAUAUUUUGCUCCUUGAUGUAUUUCAAGAGAUUUUUCAGUAAUGGUCAGCAUCGGGAUGCGGCUGGUGUGGUGCUGGGGGGGGAUUAAUGAGGCAUUUAUGUAUAGCAGAGGACCCCUGCUAACAGCAAUGCAGCUGCAUUUGCUCUGGCUUUUGCGUCGGGUGUGGAGCUCACGUGUGAUGUAGCGCCCAGUAUCUCUCCGUUCUCUCGUCAGCCCUCUGCCAGGCUUGGUAAAAGUUGCAGUUUCCUGCAAUGCAUGCUUCGCUUGCCUGCCCUCUAGUUGAGCUACACGACGUGGAAGGACAGAAGAGCGACAGAAAAAAGCAGGGCAGAUCCAGAUCAGGGCUUGGGCUGCAAAGAUAGAAGCGAAGGACAGGGAAGCUGGAGCAGAGAGGGGGAGGAGGAAAGAUGUCGGAAAAGGCUCUGCUUCUGACACCACCACUGUUCGCUGACCGUCAUAGACAAAAAAAAGAUUUUUGUCCCGCUCUCGCUUAACAGUUAUUUUUUGUAAAGUAGGUUUAAGUGGUAUAGAAAAGUUGACCUGCACCAUUUUCUCUGACUCGCUAAGAUUGCUGCGAUGUCUCACUGCAAUUAGAACCUGAUGGAUAGUUUUCACCCUCACAUUGUGCUUAGCAAGCUCAACGAGCAGCGCUCACAAGGCCUUUUUUGUGACGUGAUUAUUGUGGUGGAGGAUGUGAAGUUCCGAGCCCACAAGAACAUCCUGGCAGCUUGCAGUAGCUACUUCAAGAAUGCUCUGACAACUGAGACGUGGAGUUCUAGCCAGGUGUUGGAACUGCUGGACCUUAAGUCUGAGGUUUUCGCCUGUGUCCUCAAUUUCAUCUAUUCCUCAAAGGUGACAUCACCUUGUGCUGACAACAACAGGGAACUUGUAGCAGCAGGGAAAAAACUGGGCAUUUCUUUUUUGGCAAAGCUUGCGGAGCAAGAGAGGCAGGACAAAACUCAAAAUGUACCAGAAUGUGUUAGAUCCACAAAAUGGAGCACAGCCACUGUGCGUAAACACGCACGGGAAGAGGCCACCAGGCUUGAGGAGAUUGAUGGUGCUAGAGGACCACGAAUCACCAAUGCUUUCUCUAUCACUGAGGUGUGUCCUGGGAACAAUCCAUUCACCCCUGUUGAAGAGGGAAGACAGUCACCAGAUGAGGGGCAACUCCCUGCAAGUUGCCCAGCAUCCUCCAGCCUUAUUGGGAUCAAUGAAACCACCCACACCUUCUCAGAGCAUUCAUAUGCUCUUAAUCAAGUAACUGAAGAAAAGGGUCAGACCAGUCAGUGGGUCAGCAAGGUGUCUAAAUCAGCAACAUUAGAGCCCAAGCAACCAACUUACCAGAACACAGGCCCACUCAAAAAGCGCCACAGGCUACAAGGUACUUUUCGCAAUAUACUUCCAACACCAAGUGAACCACACGCAGAAAAAAAAAAUACUUUAACUCCAACAUUGGCUGAGGGUGCAGCUUUAGCACCUCCACUCUUCCCACAGGCAGACAAAAACAAGCCUACAGAUGCCGUGAUUCCUUUGGCCAAUGGCCAUGUGCAGAUGGACUCAAAUCCUCGGACUCUUUCCCCGCACAUGGAGGACAGCAUCUCAAUCUACGGAUGUGAGCACUGUCCAGAGAUAUUCACAAAUGAAGCUCUUCUUGCCAUUCACUCCGAAGUACAUAAAAAGUGUUCAGUUAGUUAUUUGUUUUGCAAGUUUUGUGACAAAAAAUUUAUACACCUCAAGCGGCUGCGCAACCAUGAGCAGAACUGUCCUAAAGCUAUGAGAGGGAAAGCCGAACUAGAAUGCAGUGACAUAGCUGUCACAGAGGUGGACCUACAUUCAGGUAGCGUGUUGAGGGAGGAGAACAUCAGAACUCACCUUUUUUCUGUUGACAAGCCCACGACUGGGCCCGUUCUUCCCGAUCAAUUAGAUUCUCCAAAGGCUGAAAAUGUAAAAAGGCCAGGUAGCAGCCAGAGGAGAUACCACUGCAGUGUAUGUAAACGUGUCUAUGUAACACUUUCCAGUCUGAAACGGCAUGAGAAUGUACAUUCCUGGCAGAGGGCUUAUCCCUGUCAUUAUUGUAAUAAAGUGUUUGCACUGGCAGAGUACCGUACCAAGCAUGAAAUCUGGCACACAGGUGAACGCCGCUACCAGUGCAUUUUCUGCCUGGAAACAUUCAUGACGUAUUACAUCUUAAAGAACCAUCAGAAGUCUUUUCAUGGGAUUGAUCCGACACUAUCCAUUAAGCGAAAAUCUGCCAAUGGUGGUCUGAAAGCCAGUGUUUAUCCGAUCAAACUCUACAGACUUCUGCCAAUGAAGUUCAGGAAAAGACGAUACAAGACAUACAGUCAAACAUAUUCAGAGGGUGAUGAAAAAGACUAUCAAGCUCCACUGGAGAGCAAUCCUCUCAGCCCUCAGUUAGAAGGAAGCAGCCAUCAUGAUGGUGUUCCAUUGCCUUUAACGUUCAUGGCAACGACAACAAUGGUAGCGCCUUUCAUGCCUCGCAUCAGUGUUGACAAGCCCUGCGAAACAGGUAUUCAACCCACUUUGUACCAAAAUCAUCACCAGAAAGACACAGAUAAAGAUGUUGAGCAUGAAAGUUCACCCUUCAUGAACUUUGACAGUGCCGUCCCUUUGCAACUGGAUCCAGAGACAUCCCCAGCGGAUAAUAACACUCUUGAUGCAAUUAAGUCACAUCACAUCAGUCAAAAUGUGACAUUCCUAAACUCACUGAAUACAGUCGAUAAGCUUAGCGAGUUAUCUGCUUCUGCAAAAAGUGUUGAAAAAAUGACUAAGGAAAUGCUUCAGUCAAGUACUGAGAAGUUGAGGCUCGAUAAGACGGCGGGAGCCAAGACAGAAACCUACAUUGCCAAACCUGUAUGCCCGGGUCCAUCCGCAGAUGGUGACGCAAUGCCACUCUGCCAGAUAACUGUGAAAAUCGGUGACGAAGCCAUCAUCCGCCGCAGAAUCAAGGGCUCCAAGCUCUUCCCACGAAGGAAAAAGAAAAUAAGAAAACUGGAGGGGGUGGAGAGCGACAGCCAAGUCCAUUCAACAGGUGACAAUUUAGAGAGCCCCAGGCUGCGCCUCAGACCAGAGAUUACAGGUAUAAUGUCCGAGACAUAUGAUGAUCCCAAUGAGUGUGACAUGGCUGACAAGCCUUGGCGUCCCUACUAUUCUUACAAAUCGAAAAAGAAGAGAAAGAAGCUGAAGUUCAAGCACAGGCAAGCUUUGUUUCACCAUUACAGUGAUACAGUUAGAACUGAUCCCAGUGCCAGUGAGGCCCGAUUGGACAGUUUCCAGACAGGAGACAGUAUCUUAGGCGGGAGUGGAGAUGUGAAACGCUUUAACAGAAGUUGCAGCCCAAGGACAAACUACAACUGUGACAUUUGUGACAGCUCUUUUAUCACAGAGACUGGUUUGAGAGCACACAUUAUUGGUUCCCACCCAUAUUUCUGUCGUACUUGUGGUAAACAAGGUCCCCCGGGGGAGACACCUGGUGGCAAUGACUACAUCUGCAACAGCUGUAUGGAAAAUGGCUCCUGCUUUGAUAAUUCACCCCGGAGUCCCAACCCAGAGAAGAAGUUCCGCUGCUCCUUCUGUCCUCAGCGGUUUCUCUACCUCGCCACCAAGAGAAGCCAUGAGAAAAAACACCAGGAGACAGAAGGAGAAGGUUACACCAUUCGACCAUGUCCUGAAUAUCUGGACAACUCGAGUGAGGACAACAACCAAAACUGCAUAAAAACUGAGAAUGAUGACAAUCAAGAAAGUCCUGACAUGAAAUAUGAGGAAAAAGGACACUUUCCCAUCAUAAAGGCCAAAACCGAAGACACAACUGAGUUAAUAGCUUUGACACAUCAGGACAUGACGUGCCCCCACAGUAAGCGCUCUUUACCAUCCCACACUGAGCCACUGUUCACUUUGCCACCUUCAAAAAUGAAACACAAAAUGAAAAAACAUUCUUUCCAUCGAGACUCAAACCAGGAGUCCAAAAGAAAGACUCUGAUAGGACAGCUUGGAAGCAAAAAGUCUAAAUGAUCAUGAGAAGUCCUGCAAACUGUCAAGGAAGGAUGCCUCAGACUCUAAAGGCGACUACAUUUCUGCACACAAGCCCAAGAAAUGGGUGUGUAAAGAUGAACCCUUUUUCUAAAACCCUUUAAAACCCUACUACAGGCGAGGGAGAAAGUGCUUGCUUUGAGUAGACUAAAAUGUUGUCUUUGUAGCAGAACUUAACAAAAUGUUUAUAAAAAAAAAAAACUUUGAAAAUCUAAUGUCUGCUGGAAUGUUGUCCUA